UUUUUCUCUGGCUUGUUUUUCGAGCGCAGCCUGAUUCCGUCUAUCCCCGAUGGCCGAAAUCGCAUUGGCAACGUCCUGCGUGGAAAUUUCCUUUUCCUCCGCAUAGUCUGUGACUUUUUCCAAAUCGGCCGCUCCACUAUCGUAUUUGGCUUGUUUCUUUUGCUGGGACUUUUCGCUGUUCUCGUCCGAAGUUCCGUUGACGGGGUCUUCACCUUCGUCAGCCAUAAUUUAUUUGGAAAAGAAUUAAAUUUUCCCAGAAAAAAAAAAAUUUGAUUUAGUUUAUUUUUGAGGUUAGGUUGUAUAAUCAAUUUGGGGCGUGUUCCGUUUGUUCAUAUAACGAAAACUAAGAUGGACAUUGAAAUUUCCUACUAAAAAAAGGUUCUUGGGUUUAAAAAUACUUAUUUGGUAGAUUUUAAUAAUUUAAUUAACAUUCAUUGAAUUUUUUAAAUUAUUCUGAACAAAAAUUAAUAUUUCCCGCCAAAAAAAAAAUUGCAAGCCAAAAAUGAGGGAUGACCUAUUAAAUUUCUGACAGUUCCCCGGUACGAUCACGUCUGACGUCUGUCAGAAAUGUGGUAAAGUAAAAUUUAUUUGCGGGUGAAAAGCAAAGGCAUCUUGUUGAAUUUUUAUUUUUAACAUUUUCGGUUCGCCCUCGGAAAAUUAAAGUUUCACUGAAAUCCUACGCAACAAAAUCGGGCAGAAAUGAAGAUCCGAGAAGUGAUAGAUUUGCUGAGGGCCACCAUCGACCCGAACCAACGACAACAGGCCGAAAACCAACUGGAUCAGAUCCAUAAAAUUAUUGGAUUCGCUCCGGCUCUACUUCAAGUGAUAAUGACUGCAGACUGUGACAUGCCAGUAAGGCAAGCGGGUGCUAUUUAUUUGAAAAAUCUUAUUUCAACCAAUUGGCAAGAUAGAGAAACCGAAGCUGGCCAACCACUGCCUUUUGCUUUACACGAACAAGACAGAGCCUUAAUAAGAGACAGCAUAGUAGAUGCUGUAGUGCAUGCACCAGAUUUGAUACGGACUCAACUUUGCACUUGCGUCCAUAAUAUGGUAAAGCAUGAUUUUCCAGGCAGAUGGACGCAAAUUGUUGAUAAAAUUAGUGUAUAUCUUUCAAAUCCUGAUCCAAGUGGUUGGCAGGGCGCUCUUCUCUGUCUUUAUCAGCUAGUGAAAAAUUUCGAAUACAAAAAAGCAGAGGAAAGAGGCCCUCUACACGAAGCCAUGAACUUGCUUCUGCCUCAAUUGUACCAAUUGGAGGUUAGAUUGUUGCCCGACGCUUCAGAACAAUCGGUGCAGUUGCAAAAAGAAGGAUUGAAGGUUUAUUUUGCGCUCACCCAAUAUAUUUUACCUUUGGAUUUGAUCAGCAAGGAAUCUUUCGCUCAGUGGAUGGAAGUGUGCAGACAGGUUGUAGAACGUGCAGUACCCCAAGCCGCCCUCCAACCGGACGAGGACGAACGUCCCGACCUACCUUGGUGGAAAUGCAAAAAAUGGGCCCUUCACAUCUUGUAUAGGAUGUUUGAACGGUACGGCUCGCCCGGUCAUGUAUCCAAAGAGUACCACGAGUUCGCCGAAUGGUACCUUCAAACGUUCAGCACUGGAAUUUUGGAGGUGCUGCUGCGCGUCCUGGACGGGUACCGCGGCGGCCAUUGGGUACCGCCCAGGGUGUUGCAACAAACUUUGAAUUAUCUAAACCAAGCCGUGUGCCAUGCUUAUACUUGGAGAAUAUUGAAACCUCACAUGCCAGCAAUAAUCCAAGACGUACUAUUUCCAUUGAUGAGUUAUUCUGCAGAAGAUCAUGAACUUUGGACUGUGGAUCCUCACGAGUAUAUCAGAGUUAAGUUUGAUGUUUUCGAGGACUUUGUUUCACCUGUUACGGCAGCUCAGACGCUGUUGCAUUCUUCGUGCAAAAAACGCAAAGAAAUGUUGGGUAAAACUAUGGUAAUGCUUACCACAAUUUUAAAUAAUCCCGCUACAGAGCCUGCACAGAAAGAUGGUGCUUUGCAUAUGGUAGGCUCACUGGCUGAUGUUUUAUUAAGAAAGAAACCUUACAAAGAUCAGUUGGAUCAGUUUUUCAUCAAAUAUGUUUUUCCUGAGUUUAGAUGCGACAGAGGUCACAUGAGAGCUAGAGCAUGUUGGAACUUGCACUAUUUUGCAGAGUUUAAUUUCAAACAAGAAAACGUUUUAAUGGAUGCAGUUAAUUUGACUAUUUCAGCUUUGUUGUUUGACAAGGAUUUACCUGUGAAAGUUGAAGCAGCAAUAGCUUUACAAUCUUUGUUGAAUUAUCAGGACAGAAGUCAAAAGUAUGUUGAACCACAAGUCAAACAAAUUGCCUUGGAACUAUUGACGAUAAUCAGGGAAACUGAAAAUGAAGAUGUGACUGGUGUAAUGCAAAAAUUAGUUUGUGUUUUUACACAGCAAUUGAUUCCUAUUGCUGUUGAAAUUUGUCAGCACUUGACUAGCACUUUUGUGCAAGUUUUGGACACAGAUGAAGGCUCAGACGAAAAGGCCAUCACAGCUAUGGGCUUGUUGAAUACAAUAGAAACACUAUUGACAGUAAUGGAUGAUCAUCCUGAAGUAAUGGCUCUAUUGGAGCCAACAGUUUUACAAGUUAUUGCUCAUGUGUUGCAAAAUGAAGUACAAGAGUUUUAUGAAGAAGUUGUAGCACUUAUUUAUGAUCUUACGAGUAAGCAAAUCUCGCCUGAUAUGUGGAAAGUUUUUGAGUUGUUGUAUCAAAUCUUCAUGAAAAAUGGCAUCGAUCAUUUCACUGAUAUGAUGGCUGCUUUGCAUAAUUACAUAACAAUCGACACUGACGCCUUUUUGUCCGAUGAAAAGCGACUGUUGGCGAUUUACAAUAUGUGCAAGGAAGUUUUAACCAAGGAGAGCGGAGAAGAUCCAGAAUCCCAUGCGGCCAAAUUGUUGGAAGUAGUACUUUUGCAAUGCCGCGGAAAAAUCGACAGCGCCGCGCCCAUGCUAGUAGAACUGGCAGCCACGCGGCUCCUGCGAGAAGUAAAGACCAGCGAACUGAGGACUAUGUGCUUGCAAGUGCUGAUCGCUGCCCUUUACUACGAUCCGCAGUUGCUUUUCGGCGUACUGCAAAAGAUGCCCGAUUUUACUAAUCACUUUAUCAAGCAAUGGUUGCACGACACGGACUGCUUUUUGGGCAUUCACGAUAGGAAACUUUGUAUUUUAGGUUUAUGUACACUUAUAGGUAUGAGCCAAAAACCCCCAGCUCUAAUAGAAAUGGCACCAAAAGUAGUCCCUUCCCUAAUACUAUUGUUUGACGGCCUGAAAAGGGCUUACGCUGCCAAGGCGCAAGCUGAAGCAGAAGAAGAAGAAAGCGAUAGUGAAGAUGGGGAAAUAGGAGAAGAUAUUUUAAGUUCUGAUGAAGAUGAACUUGACGACCAAGGACAAGAUUAUCUAGAAUCGUUAGCGAAAAAAACGAUGGCUGCUGGUGAAAACGCAGGCAUGAACGUUUCUGCAACGAUAAACGACAUCGAAGACAAUUCAGAGGAUGAAGAUUCAGAUUUCGAACCAACCGAAGAAACCGUUUUGGAGGCUUACACCACGCCUUUGGACGAUGAAGAAUGUGAAGUAGACGAAUAUUUAGCUUUCAAACAAACUAUGACAAAUCUACAAGUAGCAGAUCCUGAAUGGUACGCAGCCCUAACUACAAACCUAAACGAGCAACAAUUAAAAACGUUGGGCGAAGUUGUAGUUUUAGCUGAACAAAGAGCCGCGGCUAGGGAAAGUAAAAGAAUUGAGCAGCAGGGAGGUUACAUUUUCACUCAACAAGCCGUUCCCGCAUCAUUCAAAUUUACAGAAAGUAAUUCGUGAGAUUUUGAUUUGCACGAAACUAGUAAUGAAUAAAUAAAAAGAUUUAUGUAAUUUAUUAUGGACUGAAUGGUUUAUUUUUUUUUUUGACUUUGUGGAAUUGUACGGUUAUCGAAAGAAAAAAUUAUCCUUAUUUUUUCUUGUUUCUUUAUUUAAUUGAGUGCCUUUCAAUUAUCAAAUUUAUACACAAUUUUAAUUGUAUUAUGUCUCAAGAUACAUUAAUGGGAAAAUAUUGUUUUUUAAAUAUUGUGUUAUUUAUGAUUUACGAACCAUUAUGUUGUCUUGUUUUUUUUUUUAGAAUAAAACAAUUAUUUUACUUGUUAUUUUUGUAUAAAUUAAAAUUAGCACACAAAUUGCUUCAAUCAGCAACUUCCGUGUUAAAUAUAAUUAAUUAUUGUAUAAGUUAUUUGCAUUUUAAUAAAUAUUUUGCUUGGAUUUUGUUUUACUACUUCUAUUACAUUUUAGAUAAAGGUUUCAGUCCCAAUACGCUCAUCCCGUUUUUCAGUACUUCCCUGGCAGUGUUGAAAAGCAACAGUCUUUGUGAAGCUACUUCUGAGUCCAUUCCUUUUACUUUUAAUGUUUUCAAUGCUCGAUUUAUAUGAUUGCUAAACAUAAAUAAUUUAAAAUGAUUUACUAUUAAUAGAGGUUCUUACCAUAAAUGGAAUAAAUAGUUGACAAGAACGCAUGCUUCCACUUGUUCGUUGGCCAUAUGUAAAAUAUCUUGGAAUUUGGCCAUUUCUUUUAUCAGUACCAUUGCGUCUUCUUCCAUGAGUAUAUCGGGGAUACAAGCUGUGGCAGCUAUGGCACUAGAAUUUGAUUCUAGGCUGUGCAAUCUACAGUGAGUGUAUUGAAGUUUGAUACCUGUAUCACCUUUUACCUUAAAGAAAGUUUCAUUAAAACGUGUCAAAGAUAUUUGAGCAAAAGUAGCAUCGAUUAGAAUAGAGUUUUUCAAAAAAAUUUGCAUUUCCUUUAAUUUGGUUUUGGGAAUAAACUUGUUCUUUAUAGGGUUUAAACGAGGUGUUGGUCACUUGCGGUUUCUCAGGAGAAAAAAUCUCCAUUUGUGGAGAUCUUGGAAAUCCAUAGAUUCUCAUAGAUUUCCAAAGAUAUCCUGGGAUCUCUAGGCAUAUUACAGUGAUUACC